GCACACAUUCCUCCGAACACACUCUGCAGCCUGCAGACACACAGAUCGCACCAUGGGCUCCCCGUCGGCUGCUGGCCGCGCUCUGCGGCUCGCUGCGCUCUGCGGCCGGACACUCCGACACGGAGCCUCCGCUGCUGUGCUGACCCGGAGGCACCUGAACGUCCAGGCGACCACUGAGGCGGGGAAGCUGAAGAGCAUCGAUGACCUGCCGGGGCCCAGUUUGUCCACCACUCUGUACUGGUUGUUUGCCAAAGGAUACGCGGACAAGAGCCACUUACUGCAGGGAGUUCAGAAGAGUCUUUACGGGCCCAUCUGGCGCUCCAGGUUCGGCCCGUUCGACAUCGUUAACGUGGCGAGUCCGGAGCUCAUCGCGCAGGUGAUCCGGCAGGAGGGCCGCUACCCGGUCCGAGCCCUGCUGCCCCACUGGAAGGAGCACCGGGACCUGAGAGGGCGGGCCUACGGUCUGCAUGUGGACACAGGACCGGAGUGGUACAGGAUCCGCAGCGCACUGAACCCCAAAAUGCUGAAGAUGCGGGAGGUGUUGCCCUACGCCCCCAUCAUCCACCAGGUGGUCGGGGAUCUGCUGCGACGCAUCGAGCUCCUCCGGAGCCGCAGUCAGGACCGGGUCACUGUUCCAGAUGUGGCCGCUGAGCUCUACAAGUUCGGCUUUGAAGGUAUCUCCUCCAUCUUGUUUGAGACCAGGUUGGGCUGCCUGCAGGAGGAGAUUCCCAAAGACACGCUGCGCUUCAUCGCCGCCACCGACGACAUGCUGACGCUGUCGGACACCGUCCUGCUGUUCCCCCAGUGGAGCCGCCGCAUCCUCCCGUUCUGGAAGCGCUUCCUCCAGGCCUGGGACGACCUGUACGACGUAGCUCAAACCCUCAUCGACAAGAGAAUCGCUGAAAUUAAAGCUCAGGUGAGCAGCGGCGAGCCGGUGGAGGGCAUGUACCUGACCUACCUGCUGUCCUGUGACAAGCUGAGCAGAGCCGAGGUCGACAUCAGCGUCACGGAGCUGAUGCUGGGGGGAGUCGACACGACCUCCAACACCUUGUCCUGGGCCUUGUACCACUUGGCGAGGGACAGCAGGGUCCAGCAGCGACUGUACAGCGAGGUGGACUCGGUGUGUCCGGACAGACGGGAGCCCACCACAGACGACCUGAUCAGGAUGCCCUACCUGAAGGCCGUCAUCAAGGAGACGCUGCGCCUUUACCCCGUGGUCCCCGGAAACGGGCGCUUUAUUUCAGAGAACGAGGUGGUUGUGAACAACUACUGGUUCCCAAAGAAGACUCAGUUCCACCUGUGUCACUACGCCACCUGUCACGAUGAGGCGGAGUUCCCAGACGCGGAGCUCUUCAUCCCGGAGCGGUGGCUCCGCGCCCAGGCGCCCGGCGCUGACUGUGGCGGGACAAACGCCAGCUACUACCAGCACCACCCGUACAGCUUCAUCCCCUUCGGCGUAGGCGUGCGAGCCUGUGUGGGGAAGAGGGUGGCGGAGAUGGAGAUGUACUUCGCUCUGUCCAGGCUGAUGCAGAACUACGAGGUCCAGCAUGAGGAUGGCGCACCGACCGUGGAGGCCAAAACUCGAACCCUGCUCAUCCCUGCGAAGCCCAUCAACCUGCGCUUCCUGUGCAGAGCCUGAUGAGGGCGCCGCUGAGGCUCAGCAGCGCAGGUGAUGAUGAUGAUGAAAGGUUAAUUGUAUGCAGUGCAUGGACUGGAUGACGGACAGGAGGAGACUUUACCUUUCUAUCGCACAUUCCGCUCUUUAACAAAUCAAAGCAUCCUUUCUGUUUGUGUUGCAUUAUGUUGACGCAGCCGACCAAUCACAGUCCAGCCUGACCCCAAAGUGUUGUUGUAAUUCGUCGCCGCCGACGUGCUUUGGCAGCACACACCUGUACGUUCACUGACUGUGCGAGUUACUGAAUAAGUGCAUACAUUAUACAUAUUCCAGCAUUACAGGAAAAUUCUCUUCUUUGUGGGUCUGCGUGGGAGGAAUCUUUCUUUCCGCUGCGUUCGACUCACAGGUGGUUCAUGAAAAGUCCUGGAGGUUUUGAAAAUGCUUUAUUUCAGCUGUUUUAAGUGUUUUCAAGGUGAGGAAUGUGCUCAAAUUUAAAAAAAGUUUGCUUUUCAUAUAAAGGAAGUCUUUGUUUUUGCAAUUAAAUUAAUGGUGGCAACUUAGAUGUGAUGAUAAAGACUCCAAGAGUCUGCAAGUUUCUGGAUUAGGAACCUUGAAAGUGCUUGAAAAGUGCUUGAAUUGUACUUUUUAAAAGAUGUCCGUGCCCUGUAAUCUGAAAGAGCGAAGGAAAUUAAUGCAAAGUUCACAAUACUGGAGAGCAGCACACAGAGCUCUGAUACACACUUUCCCUGUUCAGCACACACACACACACACACACACACACACACUUUUAUUGUUGUGUUUAACUUUGAACUUAAUGGUCAGACUUCACCUUCUGCAUGAUAACAAACAUAAUCAUUGCAUCUACUUGUGCAGUGACAAGCCUCAUAAUUACACUUCAGUGUGCGUGUGUGUGCGUGUGUGUAUUUGUGUGUGUGUGUGGUUUGUGUUUGUGUAUGUGUUUGUGUGUGUAUAUGUGUGUGUGUGUAUGUAUGUAUAUGCGUGUGUGUAUUUGUGUGUGUG